AUGACUGACGCCGAGAAAAAUGCACCAGUGGCAACAGCCGAAGCUCCAGAAUCGACGAAUGCUGAAAACGACGGAACAGAAGGCGAUGUGCAAAAGGACAACGAACACCAGCGUACUAUCAAUGUCGGUAAUUUGCCCAAGGAUAUUACGGAGCAGCAACUGCGUGAUCACUUCUCUGGCCACGAAGUGGAGCGCGUUGAGAUUUAUCACUAUCUGCGCAACACCCUGGCCUUGCUAGUGUUCAAGGAGAAAGCAGCCGCUCAAAAAGCUUGCGACGAGAAAGAUGGUUCGAUGUUGAAUGGCCGCCGGCUUCGUAUUCACAUUGAAUACAUCACUAUUCGGUACACCAAGAAGGACGUGAUGGUAGUUGUCGUUGACGAUGAUACGACCGAGGAGAAGUUGUACGACCGCGUAAAGGAGCACUGCGAGGUAACGCAGGUGUUUUUCUUCCACCCACUCGGCUAUGUGCAUCUGGGCAAGGAUGUGGAUAAGGCGGACAUUCUGGAAAAGCUGAAUGCUUCCGGAUUGAAGGCGUACGAUGUGUAUGGUCGCGAUCAAAACCAGCACGUCGACCUGUGGCGUGCAGCCAAGCUGUUCUUCCGCAAUCGAAACCGAGUGCAGCUGCUGAACAUACCCCAGAAGUGGGUAGAAAAUACGGACGAGCUGAAGAAAGCUUGUUCCGAAGCGGGCACCAUUACCGAGGCGAUCUCCAAUAAUGUGAGCCAAGGCUCAUCUAAUUACUACGCUCGCAUUUUCUUCGAAACGGAAGAACAGGCCGCCAAAGCUGCUGAAUUGCUCAACGGGAAGGUUUUCGAGGGCAAGCGCAUCCACGCCUUGCACCUAUCGUCAGCUUUGCUGCCCAAUUACAAGACAUCCGUUUAUGUGUCUCCGCUGGAACGCACCGUCACAGAAGAGGAUGUGUACGAACAGUUCAAGCAGUACGGUGAGAUCGACUUUGUCAAUCGACGCAAUUGCGGGGAAAACGCUAUCGUCUGUUACAAGACGUCGGAGGCGGCAGAAAAGGCUCUGGCCUGUACCACCUUCCCAGCACCAACCGAGGCCAACAAGGAGGCCACGAAAACCGUUACUGUGAAGCGUUACGAUGGUCCGCUGGUACUACGUGUAGCAGGCGUGAAGCGUAAAGCAACUACCCAACGCGCAGCAACCGAUGGAAAAACGCGUGAGCCCCGUACCCCGGGCGGUACGGAGCGAGAGAAGUCGCACAAGGAUAUUCUACAGAAACUGCAGGCGUUUUAUCCCGUGUAUGUGUCAAACAUUCCCUUCAGUUGCCCUGCGCACGUGAUCCGUGAAUUUUUUUCGUCUCACGGUGGUGAAGUGAAGUUUAUCUUCUCGCCUCAACAUUAUCUGCCCUAUCGGCUGAGCUCUCCGCAGCCGGUCAAAACGGCAAUGGUGUAUUACACACGCCGCAACGACAUGCUGAACGCGACCAAGCAGCUCGACAAGAAGAUGUUUAACAAUCAGCACCUGCAUGUGCUGCCCGGUCGUGGAGACACCAACUUUAAUCAGCAGAAAACGGUGAAGCUGUCCAAGAUCAAUGAAUCCCUUUCGGAGGAUGCAAUUUUCCGCAAGAUGCGCCCACUAGGUAAAGUUGUACGUUUGACCAAAAAGAAUCGCUCACUGGCAUACGUCGAGUUUGCCGACAGUGCCGAUGUUGAGAAGGUCUUGAAAAUGAAGCAAGAAGAGCUGCCGAUCAAUUGUGUCUUUUCAAAGAUCACGAAAGACGUCAGCCGCCGGCUGUACAACGAGUCGGAUCCUCGCAUUCUGGGUGCGGUCGUGCGGUUGUUGCGUCGUAACCCAAGAAUGCUGAAUAAGACCACCGGGGCCGGUCCACUUAUGAGCGGCAACAAUGUCGUUGGCAGUCCCGGUGGAUUCGGAGGUGGCAAACGGCCUCGCAUGAAUGGUCCUCCUGGUUUUGGCAAUGCACCGCCCUUCAAUCCCAAUAAUGGUGGCAAUAAUCUUAAUAACAACCAAGCCAUCCAGGACCUUCUGCGCCUGGCGUUCAUGUCUGGCAAGAACGUAGGCGAAAGCUUAGCCGCCGGCGGUGGCAAUGUUGGUGGCAAUCAGGGCCCCAGCCGCGGCGGCAGCGGUGGCGGUUCUUUCAAUAACGCCGAUCCACCAAUUUCUAACCAAGGCAAUAGCAACAGUGCCUAUGGUGGUGGUGAUGGCGGCUUCGGCGCCGGUGGCGGCCGUAAUAUGAACAAUCGUAAUCAGAACAUGAACUUCCGCGGUGGUAACCGCAACAAUCAGAACAACAACGUCGGUGGCAAUCGAGGCCUCGGCAACAACAGCAACAACAAUGCUGGUAACAAUAGUUUCGGCAACCAGAACCAGAACAAUAGUGGUGGCCCGCGUGGCGGAAGCGGUGGUGCGCUAAGUGGUGGCAACAACAACAGCGGUGGUGGUAUGAUGAACAACCGCAACAACAUGAAUAAUAUGGGCGGCAACCGCAACAAUAGCAACAAUAUGAAUAUGAACAACAAGCGUACCGGAGGCAACAAUCUGCAGCAGCAGAAUACCGCCAUGCAGUCUGGCGGUGUUGUUGCUGGGGGUGGCAAUUUGAACAAAGGCACUGGUGGUAUGCGGGGCAACAAUCAGGGUAUGGGUGGAGGUGCUAGUGGUGGAAUGGGAGGAAGCGGUGGAGGUGGUAUGGGAGGAACAAGUAUGAGUCGCUCGAACAACAUGGUUGGAGGCGGUGGUGGUGGUAUGGGAGGCGGCAACAAUCGCAACACCCGCAACAGUAACUUUAAUGAUAAUAGUUCAUUUGGCGGUAGCGGUGCCGGGGGGAACAACAACAAUGCGUUCGGUGGUAGUAGCAACAAUUUUGCGAACGACAACUUUGGCGGAGGUCGCAACAAUGACAGCUAUUCGAACGACAACUUUGGCGGUGGACGCAGUGAUAAUUACUCCAGCGACAACAAUUUUGGCGGUGGUAAUGCUGGCGGCGGAGGUCGCAGCAAUUUUGGCAACCGCAAUAAUGAUAACUAUGGUGGCAACCGCAACGAUAAUUUCGGCGGUGGUAGCUCCAACUUUGGCGGUAACUCGUUCGGCAACAACAGCCGCUUCAACAACAGCGACAAUGACGGUCCCUUCAGUGGGAACAGCAGCGGUAAUGUCGGUAGCGGAAAUAAUACCUUCGGUUUAAAUAACCGCGGCAACAACUCGUCCAACAGCCGUUUCAGUGAUGAUAAUAUCGGCGGCGGCGGUGGUGGAUACGCUGGUGGUAACACCAACAACCGUGGCAACAAUUUUAAUGACAACAGCAACAACUUUGGCGGCAACAACCGCGGCAGUGGUGGUAACCAGAAGCCCCAAGGCCUGUUCAACCUCGGUGGAGGUGGUGGUGGCUCCGGAGGUGGAAACCUUGGUGGAGGCGGCAACAUGUCGUAUAACAAUUUUGGCGGUGGCAACUCGAACAACUCGGGUGGCAAUAACUUCCGUAACAACGAUAACAACAAGGGAAACUGGAUGGGUAAUAACAGCAACAACAGUGGUCUUGGUGGGGGGCGAUCCAACAACAACCAGGACAGUAUUGGUCGUUUGGCGGGUAGCUUGUUUAGUCGUCGCUUCUAA